AUGAUUUCAUUUUUGUUCUCUACAAUCCUCGUGAUAGCGAGUUUUGAACGCCUGGUGGCCACCAAAACCGCGCAGAACUAUUGGACAGUCCCCAACGGCAACCAGCCGGAUUUUUCGCAAACGUUUAGCAAUGGUGAGACCUUGCCAAUUGCCUGGAAUGGCUGGGACUCUGAAUGGACGGGUUAUUUUUUGGAUGGUGCGACUGUUGCCAAUCUAUGGGUGACUUCGUACAAUUAUCAAGCGUACCAGUACACCCAGGAACUCAGCAAGGACGUCAAUAUCUCACUGGACGGGUCGUAUACCUGGACUAUUAAUGUCAGUGCUACCAGUCUCGCCAACACGGCAGAAUACGUCUUGCGAUUCAUGCGGCCAUACGAUACCUAUAACUCAACAGGUCUGCAGUUAUCUUCGCGGGGCUUCAUCAUAUUACCAGCGGGAAGCAGCACCACCUCUUCAUCUACCAUGAGCCUCACGACGACUACAUCCUCACAAACUACAAUGGCCGUCAGUUCUACGUCGACCUCUAUAUUAACUACCCCUACAUCAUCGCCGACAACAAUAACAUCCGCAUCUGCAUCAACUGGACUCAGCGUUGGAGCAAAAGCAGGCAUCGGGAUUGGAUCUGCGGUGGGUGGUGUCGCUCUGCUUGGAAUUCUGGGGCUCGCAUUUCGACGACGAUACACGCAAAAAGCCCCGCCACCUCCACAAACCGGCAGAUUGCCAGACUAUUACAAUAAUGGUAUGCAACCGAUUUUUAACGAUCCCAAGCCAAUGUAUCCGCAGGAACUUCCUGCGUAUUCAGAACCUGUAGAACUGGAUUCCCGCGUUCGUUCCCGAUGA